CUGGUGUAGUAAAAAACGAACACGAAGAAGCGAACGAUACGUUGCGAAUUUUUUUUUAAUGUCGACUACGCAAUUGUAAAUUUUUAUAAUACGAUCUAAGAUAUUAAUAUAUCGAGCCUGCCUUCAACAAAGAAGGCUUAUUUGUCUUGGGGGCUAGCCCACUGGGCUCUCUCAGCCCAGAAACAUAAAGAGAUGUCGAUUCGGACGGCAGUCUACCGUUUUGUGCAAAAUGGUCGGGCUCUACUGCAUUCCAUCAGAAAUACCCAGUGUUUCUACCAUCCAAGGAUCUAUCACGACAAGAUACACGUUGUGCAAGUAGGCAAGUCCCAGGGCUACUUGCCCCAGGGUAGCAACAAUGUGUCCAGCACUGGAAGACACCUCGGUUAUUUGGGAGCUCAUGCUCGUCGGAUUUUCGUUGAUAAUAUCCUAAAAAGAGUUACCAAUAGUUUGGCAGCUGACUUACGCAGACGCGCAGCCAGCAGAUUGGCCUUUGGCGAUUCGGCUCCUUUCUUUGCUUUGGUUGGUGUGUCAUUGGCAUCUGGUACCGGAAUAUUGACAAAGGAUGACGAAUUGGAAGGAGUCUGUUGGGAAAUUCGGGAUGCUAUAUCAAAAUUGCAAUGGAACACUCCACAAAAUGACAAGAAUUAUGAAACUAUCAAGGAUGAAGAAAAAGUUAUUGCUCUGAAAGAUUUUGUGAUUGGUCCUGCAAUUGCAAAAGGAUGCUCUGCUGUUGUCUAUGCGACAAGAUUCAAGGAUGAAUCUGCGCUCGACGAAGAAAAAGAUGAAAUACAUAUCGACGAUAAGACCAAGGACGUAACUGCAUUUCCAUUGGCAUUAAAAAUGAUGUUUAAUUACGACACUGAAUCUAACGCGUUGUCUAUUCUAAGAUCCAUGUAUCGGGAGACUGUACCCGCUAGGAAACAAUUAAAAAACGAAGAACUGGCUGAAUGGGAAUUGAGAAUGGCAGAAAGAAAAAGCAAACUGCCACCACAUCCAAACAUCGUGGCGAUGUAUUAUGUUUUUACCGAUAGAGUACCUGCUUUACCUGGUUCAUGGGGAAUGUAUCCCGAUGCUCUGCCUGCCCGUAUUAAUCCCCAAGGAUCUGGAAGAAACAUGAGUUUGUUUCUAUUAAUGAAAAGAUAUGACAUUACAUUGAGCCAAUAUUUAGCCGAUCAUACUGUGAGUGUAAGGGAAUCGAUACUACUACUAGCUCAGUUGCUCGAAGGUGUGGCUCAUUUAAAUGCACAUGGUAUUGCGCAUCGAGAUUUGAAGACGGACAAUAUUCUGCUAGACUUAUCAGAAGAAACUGAUAAUUGUCCAUCCUUGGUAAUCACCGAUUUUGGAUGUUGUCUGGCUGAUAAAAAUCACGGACUAUACUUACCCUAUAACACCCACGAUAUUGAUAAAGGGGGUAAUGCCGCGUUAAUGGCACCAGAAGUAAUAACAGCGGAACCUGGUCCGUUUACCAGCAUUAAUUACACCAAAGCUGAUCUUUGGACAGUAGGGACUCUGGCAUAUGAAAUAUUUGGUAUGAAAAAUCCGUUUCAUGGCGACAAUGCGCAGCGAAUAUCUCUGAAGAAUCAUAAUUACAAGGAGAAAGAUCUUCCACCUUUACCGAGCCACGUGCCAGCUGUUGUUUCUGCUUUGAUAAAAAAUCUGUUGUCUAGGAGCUUGUAUAAGAGACUCGAUACAGAGACAGCAGCAACGGUGAUGCAAUUAUACUUGUGGGCACCGAAUACUUGGUUAAGAAUUGAAGGAAAGUUACCGUCGAGUAACGAGGUGAUGCAAUGGCUGUUAUGUUUAACUACAAAAGUACUUUGCGAAGGACGUAAUACGAUGCAACCUGAAGAAGUAUUAUGCAACAAAAACAUUCAAGGAAUCGAUUAUCAUUCUUAUCAACGAUCUUUAUCGACAAGAUCGUGUGGAAGGCGCACUAUGCCGGAGUAUCAAUUGAUAGCGAGUUUCCUUGGAAGAGUGACGCUUGGUAACAUUAGAAAUGCCUUAAAAUGGAUUCAACAGAACGCAUAAAAUGUUUCGUAGCACGUAUAAAGCGUCUUCUGAUUAUAAGGAAGAUUUGAGUAACACGAAGAAAGUAUUUAUCAUCUGCAAAUCGAGGAGCGGGCUGUUCUGUGUUAUUUUUCGACACAAAGCGUAGAUUUUUGAAAUAUUUUUGUAUACCUGAUUUUAUCGUAUGUUAUCGCUAACGUUUCUCAUUUGCCUUUUUUUUUUCUUAAUUAUUUAUUUUUGAUACUUCGAGAAGCACAGAAGAGUCAUACUUUCAACUGUAUAAUACUUGUUGAAAGUUUGAUUGUAAUUGAAUAAUGAAAAAAAAUUAAAUAUUAUAGAUGAAAGUAGAGUUGUACGCAUGACUUCUUUUGUGAUUCAUGUGCCUUAUAAUACAACGGUACUGAAAAGUAUUGUAAAACGUAUUUAUUUUGGCAAUUUUAUUUUAUUUUAUUUAUCUGUGAAAUCGACAUGAUAAUUUAUUGUUUUAUGUUUAUAGAGAGCCGUCUUUCGUGUUUAGUAAAGACAGCUUGCUCUAUGUUAUCAAAAAAAUGUUUAAACUAAUUCACUGUCCGAUACGAGGUGUAUUGAUAUAUGAUGAUAACAAUUUUCAAAUAAAUUCAUCUACUUAUUACGUUUUUAAGUUUCAAAUUUUCAAUCAAAAGUAUUUCUUUUCUGACUGAAGAUUUUUAACACGUCAAUUUGUUAUGAAACAAGUGUAAAUACAAUCAAUAACACGGGUGUAGGAUUGAACACUGUAAAAUGUUUAAAAAAAAUAAA